AUGUGGCGAGUGAACGGCGUUCGCCGUGGGACAUCAGCCAGCUUGAGCAGUGGACUCGUCGAAGCCCCUGACUGCCUUCUCAUCUUUGUGGUUUCCGUGGAGAGGAUGCGAGAAUACGUCGGCCCCGAACGAGAAGAAAAAUCUGCAUCUACUGAAAACGCGGUCACUCACCUUCCCUGCCUGAGGGUCCCCUCUGAGUGGCCUUCAAGGAGGUCAAUCGCCUUCGAAAAUGUGUGUCUUAAAUACCCAGAUGGAAAAAAGUGGGCGCUAUGGGAAAUAAACUUUGUCAUUAAACCCGGAAGCAAGGCCGCACAGGGGCAGGUAAAAGCUCCCUCAUCGCUCCUCUUCUGCCCCUUUGAGAUCCAACGCGGGAGAGUUCUCAUCGACGGAGUGCACAUAUCUCAGGUUCAUCUCGCCGAACUGCGUAGCCCCAUUUCAAUCAAACCUCAAGAAACUUUUAAAAAGUCAGAGAAGGGUUUGAGUAGCGAGAUCAUCACUGGUGGGUUGAAACUCAGCAUCGGUCAGAAAACGGACGCUUCGGUGAAGACAAUCCGUGCGAACUUUGCUUCUAACACAGUGCUGAUAAUUGCCCACAGGCUCCAUAAUAUAAUGGAUUUGGACGAGGUGAUGGUGAUGGAAGGCGGCCGCUUAAUCGAACGUGCUGCAUCCUAUGCCCUCUCGGACCCAGCGGGAGCUGUCGAAGCGCUUCGGCGCAGUGGCAUCGCCUCGGUAGAGAUGGAAGGAGAGGCGUACACUGCUGUUCGCGCCAUCGGUAGCGACGCUUUUGCAGCUAUUCUGCAGUAG